AGUGCAGUGUUUUACGUUAUCUGCGCUACCCCCCACACUAGGAUACGGGGGCUCGAUCGUCGUAGUCCUCGUAGUUUUGUAUGCCCCCGUAGUUUUGUGUGUCCCCGCAAUCAGCUUCCACUUCUAGGAUGUACUUCUCUAUUGGAUGGCCGCGGGUGCUCAAUAGUGGGCCACACGGCAACAUUCAGAAGGUGGUAUGCGAUCGCGUAAAGAUUCUGUUUGCGGUGCUUACGGAUGAUGCGAUUGCCAUUUGGUACUCGAAGCCCUGCGUACCGAUAACAUCCAAAAUUAGGAGUGCAGAAUGUCUAUCAAAGUACGGAGCUAACACGAACGUGGAAUGGAAACCGGACUCAAGUAUGCUGCUGGUGGUAACCAGAGGCACCGAGCACGGCGAUGGCACGUUGUUUAUGUACACGCUGAUCGUGAACGAUACUCCAAAGGGUGUCUACAAUCAGAAUGAUUCUCCGUUUGCCAACCUGCGCAGGGACAGUGCCGAGCUGUUCCUGAAGGAAGCUAUUCCUUGUUUGAAACUAUCUCUGACGCACCGGAUAUGCCUGUACGUUCCGAUUUGCUGCGUGUCCUGUAUUAAUGUGAAUCAAAUUGUUAUUGCCACCCAAGAGGGCCGUAUAGUUCGUUUAAACUGGGAGGGUGUAGAGGAACGUGACUAUGCACUCGACCUGAAGCGAAUCCCAUUUAGUAUUAACCAGCAAGUAAGCUAUGCCGUCCCUAUUUUGGAGAAAAAUGUAUAUGUUGCAUCGAUAGAUUACUCCCCACUUUUGUGCGGGUUCGGUAUAACGUUGAGCGAUGGCCGAGCCGCAUUUCUCACCGCAAACAAUACAAAGUUUGAUCCAAACCAAGUACAAGGAAUCUGGUGCCAAAACGUGGAUGAUGCGACGUGUACCGUCAUCAAUCACAAGUACCGCCUGAUAGCGUUCGGGCGGAAGAAUUCGCAAACGAAUAUGUACGUCAUCGAUGACCUAACCGGUGGGCUGGAACUGUCGCAUCGGUUGUCGCUGAGUGCAAAAGACUUUCCCGGUUCACCGGGUUACGUGCGCGAUAUGAAAUGGACCCCGGACGGUUGCGCUAUCAUUGUGGCUUGGGCUAACGGUGGAAUAUCGCUGUGGAGCACGUUCGGUUCUCUUCUGCUCUGCUCACUCGCCUGGGACUAUGGGCUCCAUGUGGAUCUGGCUAAAAACGAUCCUUUCAAUGUGAUCAGCAUGGACUGGUCCACUGAAGGAUACCAGUUGCUAAUGGUACGCAAAACGAACGAAAAAGUUCCUUCCCCGACGAGCAUGGAAAAAGAUGAAAAACCCGUUGGGAAUGCGUCGGAUGCUACUGGCGAAACAUUACACGAAGAACAAUAUUUACAGAACACUGUACUGGUGCAAUUGGACUUUGUUAAGAGUAUUUUAACCAUCAACCCUUGCAUGAGCAACAAUUCGUUUUUGCUUCUCCAAGGGGACGAUAAACUUUACAUAAACCAUGGUGAUGUGUUGCAGAACAUUUAUCCCUCCCUCAAAGCAACCUAUGAUUCCACCAACGAAAAUGAUUCUUCAUAUUCGGGAAAAACGGAUGAUUUCAACAAGGAUCCCGCAUACAUAGCAUCCGGUGAACCAGAUCCCGUGAACGUUAACGGUGAUAGUUAUCUGAAGUUCAACAGUGUGCUAUCGGAAAGCAAACAUUGGGUCGUUCUGAAUCUUCCUACCGCUUACAUCUCUUCCAAUUGGCCUAUAAGGUACAGUGCAAUUGAUCACUCCGGAACCAAUGUUGCCGUGGCUGGACGCACUGGUGUGGCUCUAUACGCCUUCAAUACUCGGAAAUGGAAACUCUUCGGUAAUGAAACUCAGGAGAAAGAUUUUGUCAUUACUGGUGGUUUGCUGUGGUGGAAAGAAUUCAUCAUAAUGGGUUGUUACUCACUAAUAGGCUUUCACGAUGAGUUACGGAUUUACUCAAAAGAAACCAAAUUGGAUAACCGAUUUGCGGUAAUUACGAAGAGUGCCAGUCCGGUGAUGUUGAUAAAUCUUUUCCGCGAUCAAUUGGUUGUCUUCACUUCCGAUGGACAUGUGUCAGUGUUUGCCCUAAAACAAACUGAGGAAGCGUACGAUGGAAAUGAUCAGCACCGGGUAGAACUGGUCAAGAUGCACAUCUACGACAUCAAGAAUGUAUGCAUACACCCAGCGUGCGUCAUUUCGGUGCUCAUGACGAGCCUGAAGCACGAGGGCAUCGGUUCCGGUAGUAUGAUGAAACAGAGCAACAGCAGCUACGAGAAUUCACUCUCGGAAACGCUGAUCAUGAACGUCUCAGGACGUGUGUUGAUGGUACAGACGGAUCACCAUCAUCAUCAUCAUCACCACGGCAGCGGCGGUGUCAAUAGUCAGCUUACGUCCACCUGCCUGGCCUCGUCGGUCGAGUGCAUCUGGGUGUCGGAGUCGAGCAAGACGCACAUUAAAGAAUCUCUGUGGCUGUACUGCGGCGGGUAUGGUAUGCGCGUUUGGCUCCCGGUGUUCCCGCGCACCGGUGAGACCGGUUCGCGCAGCCUGCGUCAUACGUUCAUGAGCAAACGAAUUAUGUUGUCGUUCACGCUGAAGAUCUACCCGCUGGUGAUAUUGUUCGAGGACGCAAUCAUACUCGGGGCGGAAAACGACACACUGCUCUAUACAAGCGAUCCGACGGUUUACUUUUCGUUGCCGUACAAUGCACUCAAACGGACGAGCCAAGUAUACCUGCAUCAAAUACUCCGUCAACUCAUACGCCGCAAUCUCGGCUACAACGCGUGGGAAAUUGCACGAUGCUGCACCGAUCUUCCCUACUUUCCACAUUCCCUGGAACUGCUUCUGCACGAGGUGCUCGAGGAGGAGGCGACCAGCAAGGAGCCGAUCCCGGAUGCGUUGCUCCCGAGCGUACUCGAAUUCAUUCAGGAGUUUCCGGUCUAUCUGCAAACGGUGGUGCAGUGCGCCCGCAAAACGGAGAUCGCCCUCUGGCCGUACCUGUUCUCGAGCGCUGGCAAACCGAAGGAACUGUUCCAAAAGUGUAUGGCCGCGAGGCAACUGCACACAGCCGCCAGCUACUUGAUCAUCCUGCAGAAUCUUGAACCAUCGUCGGUCAGCCGGCAGUACGCGACACUGCUGCUGGACACCGCGCUCGAGCUGCGCGAUUGGCCGCUCGCCAAGGACCUGGUGCGGUUUCUGCGCGCCAUCGAUCCGAACGAUGUUGAGUCACCUCGGUCGUCGUACGUUUUUGGCAACAAGUUUGGUGGGCUGAUCGCGGCCGGACCGCCAACACCGAACGCCGAGGACCUCAGUCUCAUCCUGGGUAGCAGCAUGGCGAGGGGUCGUAGCUUUUCGACCACCGUUCCGUACCCGAAACCGACCGACGGUGCCGCCACGGUAGUGAACAAGGAGAAGAACAUAAUGUUCAACUCGCCGGCACCGGCGGUGGCGCUGCAGCAGGGAGGCUCCGGGCUGAGCGCGAACAAUGAAUCGGCGGUGAACGGGCAAGUGCUGCGAAGGAAGAAAAGUGUGCCAAAUACACAGAAGGAGCGUGAUUCGUCAUCUGCCGAAGAGUUCUUCAUCGAUGUGGUACUCCAGCGUCAUGCACGACGUUUUCUGCAGCUGCGCAAGCUAGAGGACCUUGGCUACAUGAGCGCUACGCUGGACUUCCAUCUCGUUGGUUGGCUGAACCGCGAGAAAGAUCGUGCUGCAAGGAUCGAGGAUUUUGUGACUGCUCUCAAAAACCUGCACGACGAGCUCGAUUGGCCAAAGCCAUGCCUCGAUUUGACGCUGCUAGUGAAUCCACUAAGUCCACCGCCAACGCAUCCGGAAUCGUCACCAUCGCCGUCCUCGAAUCAAUCGAACAAAUCGCCCCUCUCGGAGCUCGCAACCCGCCGUACGGUCGAUUCGGGGUACAACAGUCUAUCGUUCGUGCGACCGGGCGAUGGUACAGUUUCGGGAACCGUGACUGGUGCGUUGCAGGAACACCCGGCGUCGAAAGAAGCCAAACAACUAUCGGCGCAACAGGACAAGGAGCAGGUUAACGGCGCGUCGAUCGUAGACGAAUCUUCGACAGCCGAGGCAAACCUCAUGCCACUGAACGACGCGGCCAGCGUAAGGUCUGAAACCGCGCAACCGAACUGGCCGGACGAUAUGCCAACGGUUUGCGGGACCAGUGGUGGCCCCAUGGCCAGCCUGACGCUUGGUGAUCAAAGCUUCAACCAGGCGCUGGAGAAAAACAUUUCCAAGCAGAGCAAAACGAACCGCCGCAAGGAGCACAAGCUCGAAAUUCGGAUGCGCUAUCUGCUGCAGAUUUUCACCGAAGCGAACUGCUACGAGUUUUCGCUUCUCCUUUCCGUCCUCCUGCUCGACGUGGCGUCCGUUGGUCGGAUAACGAAUGCAGCAAUACGCUCGAAGUCGCUGGUAGUGUGCCGCCAGCUGCGCAACGGACUGAAAGACAUGACGCGCUGGAGUUUUAACGAAUGUCUCGCCUAUCGGCCGUUUAUGAUCGCCUUGCAGCCACAGCUGGCCGUGUUGGAUAAGUUUGUCAUACAGCAGGAAUCGAUACCGUCGCUCAUACACCCGACCGGGGCCGCCGCUGCCCUAUCGCCACUCGCCACGGUCAACCACAUGCAUUCCUACCGGCAUGGUACAGAUUCGAUGGGUAGCGGCGGUGGUCCGGUGGGCGGAGGGCCAAGUGCCAUUGGUGAUCCUCGCGGAUCGGGACAGCACGACCGAGAGCUGGGUAAAGCCUGUGCCGGUACGAGCCUACAUGGAAGCGUUCAGCGCCAGAACUCUGGUACUCUCCCGGGUGGGACUGGCAGCAGUCUGGCCGGCACGAGCCAGCGUAGUAACGUCCAGCGCGAUAUACAAGGACCGAGGUACACCAUGCCACCGCAUACUUUCGCCCGGUCGGUAUCGGACCUGGAGGUUGCCAAUAUAAGGAAGAUCGCGCAAGGAAAACCUGUGGCAGAUAACCGCUCGGUUGCUUCCGCUGUUAUUACGGAAGAACCGGAAAGAACAUGCAGUGUCAUGUAAAAUGUAGCAGAAUGGGGGAUGGUCAAACGGGAACAUACGACCGUAAAGUGGCAAACCAGGAUGGUUUAUGUAUUGGUCUGUGGAGCAGAUUUAAUUUAAUAUACUAAUAGCCCAAUUUAAAGUAUCGUAG